AUGGCAGAGGGGUCGUACGUUAAGCUGACCAAAGAACAGAACUCUUUGCAGAACAUCACCCCCGGCGAGUUAAAUCAGCCCAUCGAUGUUGCCGAGUUAAAUGCUCCCAAAUGUGAACAAUGUGGACAAACUUUACCACCAACCUAUUCACCCCCGGCUGAUGAGGACUGGAUAACAGGAAUUUUCGGAUGUACUGAAGAUCAUGAAAGUUGCAUAACUGGACUGUUUUGCCCUUGUGUGCUAUUCGGGCGCAAUGUGGCAACCUUUAACGAAGACAUAACUCAGCAAAGCGCGUGCAUUGGUCACGCAAUAUGUGUCGAGGGAGGCAUUGCCCUUGCCACCUUGACAGCUGCAUCCCAUGGUAUAGAUCCCGACACAGCCUGUCUUGUUACCGAAGGCUUAUUGUUUGCAUGGUGGGUUUGCGGCAUCUAUACCGGCAUGGGUCGGCAACUGCUGCAAAGAAAAUAUCAUCUUAAGAAUUCACCUUGCGAUCCAUGCAUGGUGCAUUGUUGCCUCCAUUGGUGUGCCAUAUGCCAGGAGCAUAGGGAGAUGAGACACCAUCUUUCGGAAGCCAUCCCAUCUGAAGCCACCGUCAUAGAUCCUCCGGCAGUCCAAGAAAUGAAUGCUGCUGAGCAACACAUGAAGCCUGAGUCAUCUUCUUCUUCGCAUGAGGACGGCCAUAACAAUCUGCAGCUACAGAUUGUGCCCCUCUAA